AUGAAGAAGAAACAAUCACCAACAAAACAGAAGGAGACGUCGAAUAAGAAGAAGAUACCCUUGAAGGAGUGGUCGACAACAGAAGCAACUACGCUCACAAUUGCUCAGCUAAAGAAUAAUCUUAAGGGUUAUAAGGUUGAAUUCAAUAGCCGAGCGCUAAAGGCUGAUCUUGUCGAUCUACUGGUCGCCUCGAGCAAGAAGAAACAAGGCGAGGAUUUGAGCCACGAGAUGGAUGACGCAAGUGAUGGCGGAGGUGACAGUGGCAUUGUUGAUGACAAUGUUGAUGGUGAAGGCGAUGGCGAUGGCUUGGAUGACGAGCCAGAUGUUGACCUGCCAAAAGAUGUAAAGGAGGUGAAGGGAGUGAAGGAUGUAAAGAAUGUGGCUAAGGAUGCUAAAGAUCAAGUUGCGAACAGUCCAAAGAAGAAGAGGGAGGAAGAUGACGAGCUGGACGAUGAUGCCGACGAUGAGAAUGAUGAACACCAAGCCAAGAAGCAUAAGAAGGAUAAUGGCCAGCAAGUUCAAAAGGCUGUGAACGAUCAACAAGAUAAAGUGAUCAUGGAGAAAGCCCUUGAAGAUGCUCUGGAGAGCUACGAUAUUCAUAAAGAACUAAUGACGUUGAUCAAGGAGGAGGUCAAGACUCAGUCCACCGAGGGUCCUCUUCUGAUUGUCAACUGGAAUGUCGAUGGCCUCAAGGAAAUGUCCGUUGUAGGCCAGGCAAAGCGUGGCUCUCCCCAGGAUAUUCAGGACACUCUGGCCCAAUUCAUCAAGACCAACCAUGGCACCGAUCCAAAAGACACUCAAACAAUAUUCCUCUUUGAGUCCUCUGGCAGGAUGACCCAGUGCCUCACUCAACUUGUCGACAAGUUCCCUUGGAUCAAGCAUACCAACCAGCCAAAUCAGUUCAAGAACAUGCCAACCAUUCCGCUCGCCAGUCUGAUCGUCAUUCACAAGCUAAGCGAUACCAAACUUGAUGUUGCCGAUCUCAGUGCCUUCCUUCUCUGCUAA